AUGGGAAUAAGCACAUGGAAGCCAGCGCAUGCACUCACUCUCGCGCAACAUUUCUCCUUAUUUUAUCCUGCUACGAUCGUAAUGAACAUCUAUCGAUGCGUCUUUGGCCAUAUGGAACGAUGCAUCAAACAUCUUAAUACCCCUAUCCAUCUCGACACGUCUACCAGCAUAUUACCAGAGCUCAUUAUUGGGUCAUACAAGCCUUCCCUAAAAUCUGCACCUGCAAUGAAAAUGUUUCUUUUCCAUACAAUGGCACACACAAUCUUCAGCCAGUUGCAAACUGUUUUGGAGGCACACCAGUCAAAGAAGAGUCGGGCUAUGAGAAGGACUGGGAGCGGAGGCAGAGAUAGCACGAACCUUGGAAAUGGAGAUGAGACGUUUCCAGGCGAAGGUUGGCAAAGGGUGGUAACCACAGCUGGUUACGAUGAGAGUGAAGACGAUACAUCAUCUCCCGAUCCUGCUGACAAGACUCGACAUGAGAUAUGGACUCGUGCCUGCGGGUUGUCUCUCCAGAUCUCCACCACAGGGAAAAUGUUGAUGGAUAUGUCUUUCAUGCACUGA